AUGGAAAGCGACGAAUACAUGCUAAAAUGCGGAUUGGCUUCCAUGUUAAAGGUACAAGCUGUGUGUAACAUUGAGGGCGGUGUCAUCAUGGAUGUUGUCAAUGAAGAGCAGGCAAAGAUUGCCGAGGCUGCAGGUGCCUGUGCCGUGAUGGCACUGGAAAAGGUGCCGGCAGAUAUUAGAGCGUCCGGCGACAUUGCCAGAAUGGCAGAUCCAUCAAUUAUUGAAAAGAUUCAAAGCGCAGUGUCCAUUCCGGUCAUGGCAAAGGUCAGAAUUGGGCACUUUGUGGAGGCAAUGAUACUGGAGCAUUUGAAGGUCGAUUUCAUCGACGAAUCUGAAGUGUUAACCCCGGCAGAUCCAUUCCUCCACAUCGAUAAGCGAGGUUUCAAAAUCCCGUUCGUGUGCGGAUGCAAAAGCUUAAGAGAAGCAUUGAGAAGAAUCAAUGAAGGAGCUGCCAUGAUAAGGACAAAGGGCGAUGCCGGAACCGGAAAUGUAGAGGAGGCCGUUAGACAUGCAAGAAUGUUAGCAAUCGAGAUUCAAGCGCUACGAAAGGCAAUAGAUGCCGACUUUUCAGGAAGAGAAAAUGAGGCCUAUAAAGCCUACUCGAACGAGUUUGGCGUUCACGAGGGCAUAAUCAGGGAAACCGUGAAACUUGGCCGCCUUCCCGUGGUAACAUUUGCGGCCGGUGGGAUUGCAACGCCUGCAGAUGCAGCAAUGAUGAUGCACCUUGGCAUGGACGGCGUGUUUGUCGGAUCGGGCAUUUUUAAAAGCUCCAAUCCGGAGGCGCGAGCAAAGGCAAUCGUGUCUGCCGUAGCCAAUUACAAGUGUCCCUCUAUUUUAAAGGAAGUUUCGAUGGAUUUGGGCAAUUGCAUGAAAUCAUCUAAAAUGAAUAAUUAA